CAAGAAGACAUACAUGCGUAUCGAGCUCAGUGACACAUCGUUAAUGGCUGGUUUGGUGACAUUAACCUCAGUAAUCAUAGUUCUUAUGAUAUCGUUCGCUGAGGCCCAAGGAGGCGGCUUGCAGAAGGACUUCUACUCCUCCACUUGCCCCAAAACAGAGAAAAUUGUCCGCUCCGCCGUCGAGAAGUACUUCGCCAACGACUCCACCAUUGCACCGGCCUUGCUCCGCCUCCACUUCCACGACUGCUUCGUCCAGGGUUGCGAUGCCUCUGUUUUGAUCUCGGGCUCGUCGGCGGAGAGGACUGCAUUUGCGAACUUGGGCCUCAGGGGCUUCGAGGUCAUCGACGACGCCAAGUCGCAGCUGGAGGCCACGUGUCCCGGGAUCGUCUCAUGCGCGGACAUCCUCGCUUUGGCUGCGCGGGAUGCUGUCGACUUGAGUGAUGGGCCGAGAUGGACGGUGGCGUUGGGGAGAAGAGACGGCCGAGUUUCGUCAGCUUCCGAUGUCGCCAACCUGCCGUCGCCGUUGGACCCUGUCACCGUUCAGAGGCAAAAGUUCGCCCACAAAGGCUUGUCGGAUCAGGAUCUCGUAACUUUAGUCGGAGGGCACACGAUUGGGCAAACGGACUGUGCUUUCUUCCGGUACCGGCUUUAUAAUUUCACGGCGACCGGGAAUGCGGACCCGAGCUUGAGCCAGGCGUCGCUGUCGAAGUUCCGAGAGCUGUGCCCGGAGGACGGCGACCCGUCAGUGCGGGUGGCGCUGGACCAGGGGAGCGCCGGCAAGUUCGACGCCAGCUUCUUCCGGAACGUGAAGGAGGGGAACGGAGUGCUGGAGUCGGACCAGCGGCUGUGGGAGGACGCGGCGACGAAGGACACGGUGGCGAAGUACGCCGGAAACGUCCGCGGCCUCUUCGGGCUCAGGUUCGACUACGAGUUCGGCAAGGCCAUGAACAAGUUGGGCGCCGUCGACGUCAAGACGGGGACGGACGGGGAGAUCAGGAAGACUUGCUCCCAGUUUAAUUAAUUGAGGCUUAAUGUCGAAUUCAGUAGCAAAUAAUUUCCCAGUAACAAUAAUUAAUUAAUGAGAUCACUGGGAAGGGAAGGAUUUGAUAAUAACAAAUCUCACUCAGAAUUAAAAAUAUAAAUAUAUUAAAAAUUCAUAUACAAAUGUUCUAAAAAU